ACCUGUAUUGAACUGUGCAAGCGCACAAGAUCUUUGGCAGAUUGUUAGUCAUAUCUAUGUAUAUAAAGGAGCGGGGAUAAGUAUCUAGGACUAAUUUUGGAGCUUAAGAUAGUUACGCCCCGCUUAUGUGAUUACUUUUCUAUUGUCAGUUUAAAGGAUGGCAAGGAGGUUAGGUACAGGCCCGACUUCGGGCGUCGAAGUAGACGACAACUGCAUCCAGUCGUACAUUAAACUCCAGCUUCAGCACUCAUCUCAGUUCAUUAUCUACCGGCUGUCGGACGACAAAAAACGCAUCAUUGUCGAUAAAAUCGGACCAGUCGGGUGUACCUAUGACAAUUUUGUGUCAGAGCUUCAGAAUGCUGGAUCUAAGGGAGAGGGUCGGUACGGGGUGUUCGAUUUCAAUUACACCGUCAAAGAAAGAAUAGUAAACAAAAUCGUGUUCUUUCUAUGGAUUCCAGAUACAAUACAAGUGAAGCAGCGAAUGUUAUACAGUAGUAGUGUGCGCGCAUUAAAAACAAGACUUCCCGGAAUUCACAUAGAAAUGCAGUGUAAUGACGAUUCCGAUUUAGCACAAUCCAAUCUUCUACAGCGCUGUUUAGAACGGGGAUAUGAUUAGUUUUUAGGACAAACUCAUAUGAAUCACAAAGAAAUAGGACAUCAAAAUACAUCAAAUGGCUUUCAUUUAUAACAGCUACAAUAAAUAUUUUCGCGAUUUGGUUUUUAUUUAUUGUGGCGUUUUUGCCUAGCCCUGUGUACAACGCAUGCCAACAACAUAUGGUGUAGAUUUGGUUAACAUGGAAAUCCUCAAGCAGUAGUGUUUUCAUAUAUCUGUUAUGUGAGGAAUCCUUCCUGUGAAUGAUGCAAUAGUGCGAUGACAAGUGAUAGUAAAGCUAAGAAUCUGAUAAAAAGGCUACAUAUUUACAACAACAGUGAUGAGGGGAGCGUAUCUGAUCCACUGCCAAACAAGCCUGUGAAUACACGUAACACUUCUUGUGGCACUGAGAGAUGACAAAUAUUGCUUUACUUUAUUCAUUAAAACACUGAUAUGACGUUUUCCUUUUCUCUUGCAGUCAGAAUGUUUACGUUUGGCAGUCAGAUAUUUUUGAGCUAAACGUCUGAUAUGACGUUUUCCUUUUCUCUUGCAGUCAGAAUGUUUACGUUUGGCAGUCAGAUAUUUUUGAGCUAAACGUCAUUCUGAUAUCACACUUAUAUAAAACUGUACUCUUAAAUAUCAGACCGUUUCAAGUUAAUUAACAACUCAACUAAUCAAAUUGAAUUGCAGUUGUUGUACAUUAUUACGAUGUAUGCCUCGUAAACUUCUGCAUGAAAAACAUAAUUAUUUAGACAGCGUUAGCCUCUCUGGCCGCAAAUUAUGGGUCAAAUUGUUUGCUAGUUUUUCAUACAAAAUUGUUGUAUUCGAAAUUUAUUCAUCAAAACAUGUAUCAAGUACAUGUAUAACUUGCAUUACAAAUUCUCUCUGAUGAAAAUAUUAUUAAUGGACGAUAAUCAGUUUAAGCCGGAGGGGUUUUUCUCUUUAAAUAUAUGAUUAUGAUUUUAAAGGAACAAAAAUCACCGAACAGCUGAAUAUAACUUUCGCUGUUAAUUUCGUUGAACAUUAUUAUUUUAAUAAACAAAACAUACAUGUACAUAUGAAA